AUAUCGUAAAACGGGAGCCAUGUUGGUCGCUAACCCUGACGUGAUUCGAUGGGGGCUCGUCGGUGCUGGGAGUGUGUGCGAGGUUAAAAGCGGUCCCGCGUUUUACAAGGCUCCAGGAAGCUCCCUCGUUGCGGUAAUGCGUCGCACAAAGAGCGCCGCGGAAGACUUCGCCAAGCGGCACGGCGUACCCAAGUUCUACACCGAGCUGGACGAGCUGCUGCAAGACCCCGAAGUGGACGCAGUGUACGUGGCCACCCCUCCCGGUACCCACAAGGAGCUCGCCCUCCGGGUCUGCGCCGCGGGGAAGCCGUGCUACAUGGAGAAACCGAUGGCGAGGAGCCACGCUGAGUGCCUCGACAUGACGGCCGCCUUUGAGGACGCAAAGAUCCCGCUCUACAUCGGGUACUAUCGACGAUAUCUCCCCAAGUUCGUGUACGUCAAGUCUGUCAUAGACUCGGGCACCAUCGGGCGCGUGACAAGCGUGAACCUCCGCCUGUCUCAGUCUCGACACAAGUUUGAGGGGGAGGAGGUCCGCGCCGAUUGGAGGGUCGAUGCGACCAACGCCGGCGGCGGGCUGUUCAUGGACCUCGGGUCCCACCAGCUCGACCUUUUAGACCACCUCGUCGGCCCGCUGCGGCCGCUGGGGGGCACGGCACAACGCCUCCGUCCGAGUGCGGGUCUGCCGGGACCCUCUUUCGCCGUGGAGGACGUGGUGUGUCUCUCCUUCUCGACGGCCUCGGGCGCCGUGGGCACCGCGUCCUGGAACUUCUGCUCCGGGGUUUGGGACGACACGAUAGACAUCGUGGGCGAACUGGGCUCCUUGUCCUUCUCCUGCUUCAACAACAAGCCGGUGAGGCUGGAGGUCGCGGCGAAGAAGAAAGCGGCGCCAGAAGACGGAAGCAGCAGCAGCAGCAGCGCGGCGCCACGAGCGGUGGAGCGCCUCAAGGAGCCGGAGGUGACGAUGCACCAGGCCGAGCAGCCGGACCACGUGCACCAGCCGCUGGUGGAGGCGGUGCUGCGGGACCUCCGUUUGUGGGCGUCCCUCCCGAAGGACUCUCCCGAGAGAGCUCGCCUGGCCGCCGGCCUGCGGCAAGAGGAAGACGAAGCAAGAGCCAGCGGCGGCGGCGGGGUCAGAGACGCUUGCUGCAGCAGCACCGGCAGGGCGGCCGCCCGCACCGCGCUCGUCAUGGACCGCGCGCUGGAAGGGUUUUACGGGGGGCCCGGCAGCCGGGACCAGGCUUUUUGGGAGUCUCCAGAGAAGUGGGACAAGGCACUGCUGUAGUUGAGUUUUGGAUUUUUGCAGCGACGGUGCUCCACCUGGGUGCGAGGUUGGUCCAAGUUGGUUCUCCGGCAGGAGCAAGUGCUGUCGUUAGAGACACACGGCAGGUCACUGCCGUUGCUAGGUUUUAUCAUCGUGUCGGAUUCUUAGGAAGUUAUUGUUACAUGCGUAGGUGUGCUAGGGCGCGCGGUGGUGAAAUAGAGUCGGGUGACCGAACGAAGAGUAAGAGUUCUUGAUGCAGCACAAGAAUUGGCGCUGGUGAUGCCGCUGCUGUGGGGGGUGUUGGUUCCCCUCGGCACGUCAACUGUGGCUUCUAGGUGGACUGCGGUUGAAACGUUGGCUUAUCUCAUACACCAUCGAGGGGGUAAGGUUUGUGCAGCUUCUCCAACCAACGAAGGUUUUGGAUGGG